CGAUUCUGACUAAAGCUGGAUACCUUCUAGCCACGACACAUGAGGCGGGGUUAUAGUGUUUCUAGGUUCUCUCUCUAUUAUUUACUGACCCACUAACCGGACACUCCGCCCUCGAGUCCCCGGUGAGAACAGCUUCCGUUACAGAGUUCACAGCUCGAGUUACAGACAGACACGCUAGAUCUCUCCGCGAUACAGGAUAAUUAGCGGUUAUUAACUAUCGUUAUUAUUAACCGUUCGUUUUGUAUUUGGGACUUUGUCUACAAAAGGACAAGAUACUUUUUGAAGAAACUCCGCAGAGUUGUGUCUCAAAACUGCUUCAACUGUCAACAGUUUUCUGGAGGAACUAAACGGGAUCUAGGAAGUGCCUCGCUUCCAGUACAAUAGAACCGAGAGAAAAGUUUUUAACCGCAGACAGACGAGACUUUUUUUGAAAAGAGUCUCGUCAUCAGAAUAGUUGAACAAGUCACCCACGUCCGUCUGGAUUAAAGCUGCUGCUGUUUGAAAAGAUCCUCUGACUCACACGAACACACUUCCCCGGUGCUCGACCGGGCGUGGCGGGGUGGGGAAGUUUGUCCCGGUUUACCUGUGUCUGCGUGUUUGUUCAUGAGAUGUGGUUUGAGGCUCCACUGGGAGAUGAACCCGUGAUAAUCUCACAGAGACAUUUCACAUUCAGCCUGUAACUAUAUACUUCUGCUCAAUUCUAUUGCGUUUUACAACACGAGGAGACGCACGGACUCAAUUUGGACGACCGGUAGUUUAUAUGGUGCUGCUGAUUAACUAGUCGGUCUCGGUUUCUUUCGGCUUUGAGGAGAAAAGUCGCCGUUUUAUUUAUUAUAAACCUUAUUCGUGUUUUAUGGGACAAAUCGUGGGAAGCUGGUGUACACGGAUACGAAUACAACAUGAGUUGAGACAGUUGAACUCUUGUAGGAAAGGUUUGGUAAAUCUCCCGGUUCAACCGUGGGAUUGUAUAUUUAAUGUUCUUCAGUAACACUCGGUCGGUAAUAUCUGUUGGGUUUAUAUAUUAUUGAUCCGUCAGUGAUUAUCAGUUAGGUAUUGAUAAAGCGUAGCGCCAUGGCUCUGUCUCAGGUGCAGUGUCUCGAUGAGCAUCACAUCAACUGGCGCGUGACCGAGUCCAAACCCGAGUUCUUCUACAGCGAGGACCAGCGGCUCGCGCUCGAGGCUCUGCUGACCGGGGGGCGAGAGGCCUUUAGCAGCUACCUCAGUGAACAUGACCUCCGACACUUCCUGUCUGAACCGGAGCUCCUGCGGCUGGCGCGCACCGUGGAGGCCUACCGGCCUGGAAGCGAGCACCUCAAGGCCGAGGCUGGAGCGGGCAGCGCGUCCCCGAAGGAGUAUGACGGGGGCAAUGGGCCACUGUCAUUACAGUACUGGCCCGACCGCUCUGAAGGUUCUAUACCCGACCUGGACCUGGGCUGGCCCGACGCCGUGUCAUACCGAGGAGUGACACGUGUCAACGUGCACACUCAGCCCCCAGCUGAUGGACAAACACACAUCAAGGAGGUGGUCCGGAAGGCUAUAUCACAGGCUCAGAAGGUUAUAGCAGUAGUAAUGGAUCAGUUUAGUGACGUUGACAUCUACAAGGACCUGUUAGAUGCGGCCUAUAAGAGAAGAGUUCCUGUCUACAUCGUCAUCGACACAUCUGCUGUUUCCUGCUUCCUGGACAUGUGUUGUAGAGCCAACAUGCACCAGGGACACCUCAAG